GCCACUUGACUGUCCGAUGGGAAACCAACAGAACACACCAACACUUCAGCCCCAAGCCAGCAGAGAAGCCACUGCACCCUGAGCUUUCUGCGAGAGGCGCCCCCUCCCUUCCGGAACUCCCUGGACAAUGGAGUACCUCUCAGCCCUCAACCCCAGUGGCCUGCUCAGGUCUGUCUCUAACGUGAGCUCAGAGGUGGGCCGUAGGGUCUGGAACUCGGCUCCACCGCCCCAGAGGCCAUUCCGGGUGUGUGACCACAAGCGGGCCACUCGGAAAGGUCUGACAGCUGCCACCCUCCAGGAGCUGCUAGACAAGGCGCUAGACACCCUGCUGCUCAGUGGAGUCCUCACGCUGGUGCUAGAGGAGGAUGGGACCACUGUGGAGAGCGAGGACUUCUUCCAGGCACUGGAGGAUGACACCUGCUUGAUGGUGCUGGAGCCAGGGCAGAGCUGGACCCCCAAGGGUGGGAUGCUGUCGUAUGGCCUGGGCCGAGAGAAGCCCAAGCACAGCAAGGACAUUGCCCGCAUCACGUUCGACGUGUACAAGCAAAGCCCCAAAGACCUCUUUGGCAGCCUGAACGUCAAGGCCACGUUCUACGGGCUGUAUUCUAUGAGCUGUGACUUUCAAGGGCUCGGCCCAAAGAAAGUACUCAGGGAGCUCCUCCGCUGGAUGUCCACGCUGCUCCGGGGUGUGGGCCAUAUGCUGCUGGGCGUUUCCGCCACCCUGCGCCACAUAGUGGAGGGGGCUGAGCAGUGGCAGCGGCAGGGCCGCCUCCAUGCCUACUGAGGAGGGUCCCAAGCUUCAGCCCCAGGCUUGUUACAGGAGACCCACAGGAAGUGAAUAUACGCCCGACUAUUCUGACUUGGAUGAAUUAGAAGACCUUGUAGUUAGUAAUGUAAUACUAGUGAAGAUGAGUUAGAAACUUCAGUUGUUGAAGUUGAAGAAACAGUUCCAAUAACUACACGUUCAAAGCCAUCUACGUCAACAAAUCGAAGAAUUCCUCUUUGGCGGCACAUUUCUGGAGAAGGUACAGCUGGACCUAUGCCUGAAGGGUUAGGACAAAUAAAUUCUUCUGGGGUAGGAAAACGUCCUGUUGAAUAUUUUAGACAUUUUCUCGAAGGAUAUCAUUACUCAGAUUGUCGACCAAUCAAAUCUUUAUGCAAUCCAGCAUAUCCCAAUAAACCUCUUGCACUGAGUAGCCAGGAACUUGAGCAAUUUGGGGGUACACUGCUUGAUUUGAUAGACUCGCUAAUUGCACUGUACAGAGUUCACAUCAGAUCGAAAAAAGAUUAUCACAAUUUUUUUUUCAUUUUAUAAAUGUGACUGUUGUGAAAACUCUUGGCUACUUUAUUGUAGAGACUGUGAGACGCUUCAGUUAGCAAAAAAAAUUUUUUUUAAAUCCAAAGUCUGCAAGAGUUCAAAAUGAGCAUCGCCGAAGCUUCUCUUCUUGAAGGAAAAAGUAAUAGACCAACAAAGAGGCAGGCCGCCUACCAGCUUUACUGAUGCUGAGUUUGCUACAGAAAGAGACGAGGUCCUGCCACCGAAAGGGUCCCUGGAAGACAUACCCGUUUGGAUGGUCCUCACCAUUACCCUGAGUUCACAAGCAGAGGAAGAUGCAAAAAUGUAAAUUGCAAGAGUGCACCAGUAUUUUUCUGCAGCAAAUGCAAAGUUAAUCUUUGUAUCGCAAAAGAAAAAAUUUGUUUUGUUCAA